UCAAGAUGGUGGACAACAUUUCCGAAUUAUCAAUUUUGCAUUAGAAAAACCACUUAUAAGUCAACAUUUGUCGAAUCAUCUUUAUUGAAAAUCAGUUGAGAACAUACAACUAGUUACCAUGUAUGCAGAAAACCUCUCUUACACGUUGUUUGCGAAUGCAGCAAUGGCUGUGGUGGGGUUUUUGGUGACUUUUCACCUGAUCCCAAGUCUGGGCAACAUGUUCAUCAAGGCUAACAUGUUUGGCAUGGAUCUGAAUAAGGCCACAAGGCUGAAGGUCCCAGAAGCCCAAGGAGUGGUGUGUGGAGCUGUCUUCCUCAUCAUCAUGUUCCUGUUCAUCCCAGUGGUAUUCAUGAGGCAGCUUGCUGAAACGUCUACACAAGGAUUUCCACAUGAUAGAUUAGUGGAAUUCAUCGGGGCACUUCUUUCAAUUUGUUGCAUGAUCCUGCUCGGCUUUGCUGAUGACGUCCUUGACCUGAGAUGGCGCCACAAGCUACUCCUUCCUACCAUAGCCUCCCUUCCAUUACUGAUGGUCUACUAUGUCAAUUUCGGCUCCACUGUCAUCAUCGUUCCAAAACCUUUGAGGCCUUUUUUUGGCCUUGAUGUAAACCUAGGGGUGUUAUACUAUGUCUACAUGGGGAUGCUGGCUGUUUUCUGUACCAAUGCCAUCAACAUCUUGUCCGGUAUAAACGGACUGGAGUCUGGUCAGAGUGUAAUCAUCGCUGCCUCUGUCAUCAUUUUCAACACCUUAGAAUUAAAUGGCCCAAACAAGACCGAUCAUGCAUUUUCUCUUCACUUUAUGGUUCCGUAUGCAGCAGUCAGUUUAGCAUUACUAUACCAUAACUGGUACCCAUCUUCUGUGUUCGUCGGCGACACGUUCUGUUACUUCUCCGGGAUGACAUUUGCCGUAGUCGCCAUCCUUGGACACUUCAGUAAAACGAUGUUACUGUUCUUCAUACCGCAAAUUGCAAACUUCAUUUAUUCCGUCCCACAACUGUUUCAUCUGGUGCCGUGUCCUCGACACAGAUUACCGAAAUAUAAUCCAAAAACUGAUAAAGUGGGAAUGAGUAGGUCAAGAUUCAAAUAUUCCGAUUUGAACAUCUUGGGAAAAUUAGCUAUCAACAUUUUCCGAUUAUUCAAAAUUAUCGACGUCAGAGACUCAGUCGGCGAAGAUGGAGAGUACAUGGAGUGCAAUAAUCUGACGCUCAAUAAUUUUGUACUCAAAUUAUUCGGAUCAAUGCACGAGAGGCGGCUGUGCAUGGUGAUGUUGUUUAUACAGAUUUUAUGCAGUGUGGUUGCCUUCCUCAUACGAUACCAAAUUGCAAGAAUCUUCUACGACGUUUGAUUUGUUAAAGGGAGACGCAUUGUCGGCAGGACUAUGAACACUGCAUACUGGUCACAUGAAGACUGCCAAUUUGACCCACUAGCUCCUGCCUAUAGUCCCCCUUUAAAGGGCCACUUUCACCAAGGAGAUUUUGUCAGAGAGAUUAACAUAACCAAGAGAGAUGACUGCUUUUACUUAAAGGAAUUCUAUAGCGAAAUGCUUAUAGAGAUGGGGAGUUUUGAACAGCCCGGUUAAAACCUAAGGCGGGAGUAAGCUUCCAUUGAUAAGUCCAAAGAGAUUCCUCACUUAGUGUUUUAGAGUGAUAAAAGUUUUUUUAACACAAGCAGAGGUAUUUACCUCGUAAAUAUUUCGUCCUUACACUAACUGACUGACAGCGGUAGCUCUGCUGACGUCAGCUGACCUCCAUUGAUGAGUGUUAAAAGUUUCAAGUUCCCCUCAGGUUGUUGAUUAUAUAGCCAAUGAGCUGCAUAAGAAGUAAUCACCAAUUCAGUUAUUUUUACCAUGUUCAGCUAGUCUAAAUAAACACUUGUACCAAGACUGGAUCUCUUUAACCUUGGAAUAUAUUUUCAGUCACCCCAUGUCGCAAAAUCAAACGGUUGUAAUCAUGAUGGGAGCUAUUUGAUGCUCCAUCAUUACAUAGCUAGUCAAAGAGAAUGAAGCCCUCUCUAGUCAUUCAAGUUAUGCAAAACAUCAUUCUAAUUUCUGUAGCGAAGUUUAUAUCAAUUAUCAUCAGCCUAAAAUAUUGCUUAUCCUACAACUUGACAAACUAUUUGUCAAAUCCGUCUUCCUUGUGCAGUAGAACCUCUCUAUUAAGGACACCCUUGGGACCGACAAAGGCUGUUCUCAAUAGAGUGGUGUGAAUCUUUUUUUUUUCUUCCUUCUUAUUCAUGGAAGGUUCCUUUUCGGGGGGAUUUCCUUUGAAACCAAGUCUGAGACGAAAUAUGUCACACGCAUCCCACAACCAGCACCUACUGAUGGGUGAGUGUCAUGCCCAAAAAGUCCUGGCUAGAACCUUGGUGACUGUUGGUCAAGAGGCUUUGAGUCUGACCAGUACAUAAAUGUAAAAAGUGCAAAAAAAUCCCAGAAAUAUCAAUUUUUCAACAAAGCGUGUAAUUCUGACGUAUUAUAAGUAACUUGACUAUGGUAAUAUUUUGCUUAAUAUAUAUGAAUAUUUGUGUAAUAUAGCAUUGCUUUUGCUCGAGACAUGCUGUUCAAGAAUGUUUUAGCGUGGUAAAUCAUGUAACGUACUUAUGCAGUCCAGCAAUAACUACAGUGAUGUAUUUGUUGAUUAAGCCAUAUUAAUUGAAUAUUGUCCAGUGCUGUGUGUAGUUUGAUCUUGUGAUUGAAGAGAGUAAUGUCCAUUGUGAUGUCUCAUAUAAUAGAUAUAUCAUUGUGCUAUCAA